UUGUUUUUCUCCCCUCCCACCUAUUACCUUGCCUACCUUGCCCUCCUGCCUUGAAUCUUCACUCCAACGUCAACACACGAUUCUUCUUGCUCGUCGCGCGCCAUCACCUAUAAGAAACGACCUACGCAUUAGACUAUACUUUUCGCCAAUCGUCCGGAAGCUCGCCGUAGCUUCGUCAACAUACCUAAUCCGUCCACGACACACGCUCGUUUCUCGACCCCGCAGAACUCAAAAAUGGCUCCUCCACCCUACGGCCUCACUGAGGAGCAGUACAAAGACUACAAGCAGGUCUUUUCCAUCUUUGAUCGCGAUGGCACCGGCGCCAUCAACGCGGAGGAGUUCCAGAUUGCCAUGCAAUCUCUUGGUCUGAACCCCAGCAUCAAGGAGGUCAACGAGCUCAUCGCCGAGGUCGACCCCAACAACGACGGUGGAAUUGAUUUCGAAGAAUUCCUUCAACUCAUGAGCGAGGCACCUGCGCCGUCAAGCAAAGACUCGGACACCAACACCGAGCUCGUCGCAGCCUUCAAGGUCUUUGACAAGGACAACAGCGGCUCAGUCUCGCCUUCGGAACUGCGCCAGGUGCUGCUGUCUCUCGGUCAGCGCGCCACCGACGAGGAGAUUGAGGAGAUGAUCAGAGGGGCCGAUCUCGACGGCAACGGUUCUAUUGAUUAUCAAGAAUUCGUCCAGCUCAUGGCUCCGAAGGAUCCCAAGAAGUAGGAACAAGAAUCUGGAAACGCAAGCAGCAGCAGCAGGAGCAGGAGCAGUGACAAACGGUUUGGCGGGGCGAUCUUUCUUUGAUUUUGGGUCCAAUGGGUGGGGGGAAGGGGAAAAGCACAUACACUGCCGCCUUGAUACCCUUUCCUCAUAAGGCACAGUGAGAGA